AUUCGUAUUCAGUUAUGUCAAGAAUGUCCUACUUUACGACAUUUGACUAAUUUACGAUACAGUGUGCGAAGUUACUUCCGUGUUAAUGUUAAACUGGAUUUAAAUUUGUGAAAAUAAGCUAUUUGUCCUGCACAGAUUGUCAGUCAUGGCAGAGAAGAUGGAUGGAAGUAUCCAAAAUGCGGCAUUUCAGAACUCUACAGCUGACAUACAUGUUGCUGUCACAUCCGUCUCCGCCAGUGUCGUAAAUGGCCAGAUCCCUCCCAAAGAUGACACAACACCUAUCCAGAUUGAUAGACGGUUUGGGUACGGACCUUGCAAGCCUAAAUGCAUACAGAUUUUUAACAAGUUACCAGUUCUCGUGCUAUGGUUGACACUUUACUGUUUUCUCGAGGGGUUUGCUAUCAAUGGGAUUGCAAACGCCGGCAUCCCGGGGAUCGAGCGCCAGUUCAAGCUUACUAGCUCCAAGUCGUCCAUCAUUCCGGCAUCACAAGACAUAGGUGCUUUAAUCAUUAUCAUGUUUGUGAGUUAUGUCGGCGGACGUUACAACAAAAUGUUUUGGAUCGCUGGCGGCUCUAUCGUCAUGGCAGUUGGAUCUUUCAUUUUCAUUAUACCCCAUCUAGCCGCACAGUAUAACUACGAAGGUUCCAGUGGUCCGUCAGGCCCAUCGGAUACGUGUGGAGGUGCUGGACUUGGUGGCGCACCCCCUUGUAACAGCGAGGGCGAGAAAUGGGUGGGUGUGUUUGCACUGGCUCAGGUAGUACAUGGUAUCGGGUUCGCACCAAUGUUUACACUCGGGACUGUAUACCUCGAUGAGAAUGCGAGUCAAGGGACAGCCGCUUUAUGCGUGGGUAUAUGCUACGCAGCUACUGCAAUUGGCGUGGCUUGUGGAUUUUUCGCCGGUGGACAGUUCAUGCAAAACUGGUUUGUGGACUUCGACAGGGUAAACCAGGACAAACUCGGGUUUGAUGCGAUGGACACCCGAUGGGUUGGUGCCUGGUGGCUGGGAUUUGUGUUCACUACUAUUUUGUUUGUUGUCGUCGCUAUUCCAAUGUUUGGAUAUCCUAAAUAUAUGCCAAGUAACACCAAGGCGGAGGAAGCUGAGGCGGCGCUGAUGAAAGACAAAGAUGUCAGUUGCGGGACAUUGGUGAAAACCAUCACCUUAUCGUUCUUUAAGGCUUGCUUCAAACUUUUGAAGAACCCAACCUUCAUUUUCAUUUCACUGGGCGGUUGUGCAGAAUCCCUCAUCAUAUUUGGCGUGAGCGCAUUUGCCUUCAAAUACCUGGCCGAGAUGUACAAUAUGGGCUUUGACACAGCCGGCCUUCUUUUAGGUGGACUAAUAUUGGUCGGGUCUGUCGGUAUGUUCCUUGGUGGACUGCUCAUCAGGAUCUUCCAUCUAGAAAUUGUCGGUAUGUUACGACUUAAUGUGGUAGCGACAUUCAUAGCAUGUGUCCUUGGCAUAUCGUACCUUGCAGCUUGUCCAGAGACCCAACUGGCGGGGUUAGAGGUCACGUAUCCAAACGAAAGUAUGAUAGACGGGUACACGGCUGGUUGUAACACUAUGUGCUCUUGUGAAGAUAUGAGUUUUCACCCAGUCUGCGGGGAUGAUGGUAUUGUUUAUUAUUCUGCGUGUCAUGCAGGAUGCUCUGGUCCACCAGCCGCACCCAUGGAACCAUAUACUAACUGUAGCUGUGUGGCUCAGAGUUUAGGUAGUGCGGUUACCAUAGAUACAAAAGCAUCACCAGGCCGAUGCGAUGAUGGUUGUACCAAAGUGAAUAUCCUCGCACCUUGCUUGUUUAUUAUGAUGAUAUCUGUGCUAACAGCAACUACGCCAUCAUCAAUGGCUACACUCAGGUGUGUUGAUGAUGAGAUCCGGCCUUUAGCACUUGGUAUUGGCUGGAUGUUACUCCGCCUUCUAGGUUCGAUACCCGGACCAGUACUAAUUGCCUCAGUGAUUGAUGGCGCCUGUAAGAUGUGGUCGGGCGGUUUAUGUGGCUCUUCUGGGGUGUGUCUUCUCUAUAGUAAAGAUGGACUCUCGGUGGGUGUGUUACUGUGGUGGGUAAUUGUUUCGGGCGUGGCUUGUCUUUUGUUCUUCAUUUCGUCAAUUUGUGCACAAAAGUUUGUCGUGCAGGGAACAUCAUAUGACUUGGAGAAUGAAAAGAAGAAAGAAAUUGCUACCUGAGAACGUAGGACUAUGAUCAAAGACAAAAACAAUGGGUUUGGUGUGCAGGUUAUUCUAUGAUCUGUUGUAGUUGUGCAAAGAAAUGAAACAGCUAAUCAGAUGUUUAGCCUGGUCUCCAAAUACAUUUUUAAUUUGGAAGCAACACUAAGUUUAUCAAAGGAAAAAUUCUCAUUAUGACAUUGUGUUGAUUUAUAUCUUACUUUUGGCAGGGGCAAAGGGCUGUUGGUCAUGUGACGGAUUUGUUUGAAUCUUUAACUUCUGCUCAAUUACAUAUUAUUUGUGUUCAUACAAGGCAUAAUGCAAACUACAUUUUCAUUGAAAGUAUUUUUAAAAUUUGAUUUUCCAGUCCAGGUUGCCCUGCCAAGGUAGACUUAUUUUAGCACAAGUAUGAAUUUGGUAAAUAUACUUUGCCUUUAAAGGCAUGUUACUGAUAUAAGAUUUAUUGUUUUAUAUUUGUUAAUGGCUUACAUUUAUUAGGAAUUAUAUAUGUACAUACUUGAAAUUCAUUAGAAACGCAGGCUUGAAACAUUAUUAUUACCUCUAUUGCGCAAACAAGACAUAUAGAGAGUGGAGGAUGAACUCACACGCACGCGGUUUUGAAACUUUUUUUUUGGUUGAAAUUGCUAAAAUAUCUCGAUAUCUAUCAAUUGUAAAUGCAAAACUAGAAAUCAUUUUGAAUUGAUAAGAAUAUUCAGCUUUACAAAAACAUUCUAGGUGGAAAUGUGAGCAUGCGGGAUGUGGGUGUUAGGUACAAUUAAAAAUGCUCAGAGAGAAAGCAAGGUAAAAAAAAAACUUUAUGGGAUUGAAAAACGUCUGUCUUUGUCGUUGUUUUUAAACAAAAAUUCUAUUUUAGUAUCGACCCGGCGAGACUGGCCGGAAUAACGCGUUUAUACGUAAUGACUAUGUUGGCACUUCCACGCUUCCGUCGAGUUCUUUUGUGGUCUGCCGUCCUGUCGAAAAAUCUAGAUUUUGUUAAAAUGAGCGUCUUCUAAAGACUUUAUAAGAUGUUUGUAACCUAGCAUUGGAUGAAAUCUGUAUGUAAGCAGUGUUAAGGUUAACUGGAGAAUCACUCGCUGAGCCUAGGGAUAAGACUCCUGCAAAUGUACGAAUCUUAUAUAAUAUAUGAGCCGCGCCAUGAGGAAACCAACAUAGUGCGUUAGUGACCAGCAUGGAUCCAGACCAGCCUGCGCAUCCGCGCAGUCUGGUCAGGAUCCAUGCUGUUCGCUAACGGUUUCUCUGAUUGCAGUAGGCUUUGAAAGCGAACAACAUGGAUCCUGACCAGACUGCACGGAUGCGUAGGCUGGUCCGGAACCAUGCUGGUCGCAAACGCACUACGUUGGUUUUCUCAUGGUGCGGCUCAAUUAUAUGCUGUUAUAGCAAUCGCUGACAAUGUAUUUAAAUGGUCAUUUAUCAUUUUAUCAUGUGAUUUCAUAUUUCUUACAUUUAUCAGUUAGUUGUUUUGUCUAUGGAAAUGAGAGUAAAGCAGUCAUUUUAGAUCAUUUAGUUAGGUCUUUUUGUGUUUGAAGUACACUAGUUAUGAUUUAAAAAUCGGUAUAACUGAACAUAUAUUACAAAACAGUGAUAUGGUUAGCUUAACACAUACAUGUACCAUACAUUACUAGUCGGCACUAUGAUAAGCUUAACAAAUACAUGUAUGUCAUGCGCUGUAAUGAUAACUUUUAUAUAUACAUGUAUUAAAUGAAUUAUGAUAAUUUUACAUAUUAAUUUUUAUCUUUGUUGAUGUCAUUGAACAUAUAGUACUUGUGUAACCUUUCAUUAUUUAGAGAUGUAGUUCUGACUUAUUAUUGUCUUUAUUGUAUAUGUAAUAUCUUCAAAAGUGUUUUAUUGUAUUUUGAACAAUGUAUAUUUUUAUUAAGAAUUUACACUUUAACGAAAUACAUGUACAAUGAUAAAAUAAAUGUUUUAAUUCUGAA